AUGAAGUUCAUCAUUGCCGCCGUUGUCGCCCUUGCUUCUCUCGGCAUCGCUCAGGAGGAUUCCUCCGAUGAUUCCUCCCGCAGGUGCAAGCCUGGCACUUACCAAUGCCAGGGGAAGGAUGCAUGGGCCGUUUGCAGCACCGCUGGCCAGUGGGUGUUUGCUGGGAAAUGCCCAAAAGACACCGUCUGCAAGUUCUAUCCCCCAAGUGGCAGCCCCUACUGCGUGCCUCCCGGCUUCACCAUCCCGUAA